AUGGAUGAGCACCCGUCUGGCGAUGAAUCCCGUCGGAAGCGCGUGAAGCUUUCGGAAGCCGACGCAGCUGCUACGGCGUCUUCGGCUGCACAGCGGGCAACUGGUGGAGUUGGAAGACUUCGAGCAGCGACGUCGGACGAUGCGCAGGCAUUGAAAGAGGCGGAGGUAGGGAUUACGGAGUUUGUAAGCCCAGAUCUACCUGGGUUCUCGGGCAUUCUUAAAAAACGAUAUACCGAUUUUCUGGUCAAUGAGAUCCUCCCAUCCGGUGAAGUGCUCCACUUGCAGGACAUCAAUCUUCCGGCGUCUUUAAAAGCAAGCUCGCAAAAUCCUUCGGUGCAGAAGAGUGGGCCAGAGAAAGAAACUGCAGUGCGGGAGAAUGGAGAACCCCAAUCAGCGGACAACCAGCCGGGUGACAGAGCCACUGAUGCGGCUGCAGGCUCAGCAGAGGCACCCGCUGUAGAGGGUGGACGGGCAAACCCCGAAAUCCCCGAUGAAGACCGAAAGAUCCUAGAACAGCAUCUUGGGCCAGAUGUAGCGCAAAAGGUCCUGAAACUUUACGCUCGUGCACUUGCCAAACCGAAUCUCAGAGCUGGAGACUUGGGCCGUGUGAAAUCAGACUCAGUACCGGACAAAGAGGCGAGAACAAUCGUCCACCAGGCUCUUCGACGUAUAUUUGGGGGGCGGAUAGAAUCUUCAACCGAAAGCGAUAACUCGUUGCUAAUUUCCUCUGUCCCUGUUCGAAGACUAAAAGCCCAAAUGAAAGGUGGUGUUGCGGACAAUCGGAGAGGGAAGCUGGGCUGGAGUGAAGUCGGAGGCGAGUAUCUCCAUUUCACUAUCUACAAGGAGAACAAAGAUACGAUGGAGGUGAUCAAUUUUCUAGCUCGCCAGAUGAAACUAGGCGUGAGAGGUUUUAAAUUUGCCGGCACAAAGGACCGACGUGGCGUGACGGUUCAACGGGCGUGUGUCUUCCGCGUCGAUGCCGGUAGAUUGGCAAAUAUGAAUCGUAUCCUGCGUAACGCUGCCGUCGGAGAUUUUGAAUAUCAAAAACAGGGAUUAGAACUAGGCGAACUUGGUGGAAACGAGUUCGUCAUAACCCUUCGAGAUUGCGAUUUCCCAGUCACUCUUGGAGAGGACCCAAUUGCAGCCGCCUCAGACCUUGUUUCUACCGCAAUGGAAAAUCUCCGCGAAAAAGGUUACUUCAACUACUAUGGACUACAGCGCUUCGGUACUUUUGCGACCCGGACGGACACGAUCGGACUCAAGAUGCUACAGUCAGACUUCAAGGGAGCGUGUGAAUGUAUUCUACAUUAUACUCCGGCUUGCUUGGACGCAGGACAAGGAAAGCCACGCGAAGGAGAUGAUAUUCUUCUAAGCUCUGACGAUAUCUCCCGCGCAGAAGCAAUCCACAUCUUCGAAUCAACCGGGCAAGCCGGUCCAGCCUUAGCGAAAAUGCCGAGAAAGUUCACGGCCGAGUCCAACAUCAUCAAGCACCUUGGGAGAAAACAGAACGAUUACAUGGGCGCCUUACAAACGAUUCCACGGAACCUGCGGCUGAUGUACGUGCACGCCUAUCAAUCUCUCGUUUGGAACUUCGCCGUUGGCGAACGAUGGCGUCUCUAUGGCGACAAGGUCGUCGAGGGGGAUUUAGUCCUAGUCAAUGAAUUUAAAGAUCGUGAUUCCGAUCCCACCAUUGCUGAGGAAGUCGAUGCCGACGGCGAAGCCAUCGUCUUACCGGACACUGCCGACAGCUCUGUUUCUGUAGAUAGCGUGUUCGAGCGUGCACGAGCACUAACAAGCGAGGAAGCUGCCAGCGGGAAAUACACCAUCUUCGAUAUCGUUUUACCACUUCCCGGAUACGACAUCAUCUACCCUCCCAACAAAAUGACAGAAUUCUACAAGACCUUCAUGGGCAGUGAGCGGGGCGGAAAGCUGGAUCCCUUCGACAUGCGCAGGAAAUGGAAAGAAACGAGCCUUAGUGGGAGCUAUAGGAAGAUUCUUAGUCGACCAGGCCCCGACUAUUCGCUCGAUGUGAGGAUGUACACGGACGACAAUGAACAGUUCAUCAAGACUGACCUAGAGCGAAUUCGUCAAAAUGCCCACAACUUUCCAGGGAAGCCAAUCAAUGAGAACGCCAAAGUUGGAGAUGAGGAUAUGGACGACAAACAGAAAGAAAAGCUGGCUGUGGUAGUCAAAUUCCAGCUUGGGGCGAGCCAAUAUGCUACCAUGGCACUUAGAGAGCUGAUGAAAACUGGGGGAGCUAAGGUUUACAAACCAGAAUAUAUGGGUGGGAGGUGAUAAAAAGCUUACAAUAGUCUUCAAAUUAUCGGGAGGAAUUUACGAUAUAUAACACAAGCUAAAAGUGGUUGGCCUAAGGCAGAGAAAUGUAGAAAUGAGCUCCCUCAUAAGGGGAAAUAAAAAGAAAAGAAAAGGGAGGGAAGUAAACAGGCACAAAUCCAUAUCCAGUCAAUAAUCCACGAAUGCAUCAUCCAGGAACAAACAAAACAAACCCCCCUGCGACGUGUCACAAAUAAUUUCAAAGCCAUAUCCUAUGAAGUCCAUACUCCCUAUACUGAAAAUGUUCCAGAAAUCCGGAGGUUGGCCACCUCACCCCGGGCCAUUGCCCAUCAUGCUAUGUUGCUGCUGCUGCUGCUGUAGCGCUUGGGCUUGGGCUUGGGCCUGAGCUUGAGCUUGAUUCUGAGCAACUUGUGCAGCAAGGAUAGCACGCUGAUGGCCAUUUUCACGGUCUUUUUUCAUAACCUCGCUAACGUACUGUCGAGAAAUCUUUUCGAGGCCCUCAAAGAACUGGGCACGAAGAUUUGGUGGAUAUUGAGAAGGAUGACCGUAUUGCGACAUGUAUUUGGCAGCCAUUUCAUUUCGCAGUCGUUGAAGAUGACUUUGGUACAGGUUCCCGUAGUGCUGCGCCAGUGGAUGCUUCCUAGGAUUGUUGAUACCAUUGGGCUGUUGACCAGCUUGCUGCGCUGCCGCCAUCAUUUGUUGCUGCUGAGCUGAUAGCUGAGGCAUGCUUCCGUGAUGUUGCUGCUGAUGACCCUGCUGCGCAGCUUGCAUCUGUGCCAAUUGUGAGCGAAGUAGCUGUGCCUGAUACGCCUGGGGGUGCAUCGGCUGUUGCUGUUGUGGGCCUUGCGAAGGUGGUUGCUGUUGUGGAUGGUGCUGCUGCUGCUGUAACAUUUGCUGGUGUUGUUGCCGCUGCGCUUGCUGGAUAUUCUGUUGAGCUACUGCGUUUGCGUGCAUUUGCACCACUUGCUGUGGAUUAAAUUGAUGUCCGGCAGCAAGAUUCUGCUGUUGUGCCAAAAUUGCCUGCCUUUGUUGCAUCAUAGCAUGUUGCUGUUGAGGGGUCAUCAUCAUUCCGUUCAUCUGCGGAGCCAUCAUAGCCUGGCCCAUUACAGGAGUUUGCGCCAUAGUGGUUGUAUUCGGACUGCCAUGACUCAUACGUUGAGUUGGAGUAAUAUUCCGCAUAAUCGGAGUGGCAUGAGACAUUGCUGGAGUUCCGUGGGGCAUCUGGGGCGUUCCAUGCGCACUAUGGCCCUGUUGGCUUCGGCUAGCGACCAUCGCAUGGCUCAUAACGUUCGGGUGACCAGGCUGCAUAGAAACUGCGGCAGCAAGAGGGCUUCCUGCGGCCUCGGCUGAGCUACUCAUUCCCAUAGUAAUACCUUGAUUCAUAUUAGGCACCAUUACGUGUCCUGCUAGAGGUGAAGAUGCAUGAGGCGUGAUAUUCCGUACAACCGGAGAUGACUGGGGACCUUGCGACGCCGAGACGACAUGUGGUGGUGGUGGAGGCUGUGUGCCAGGGACAGCGGUCACGGUUCCUCGGGAUGGAGGCCGCCGACUUUGCUGGGCAGCCAUAAGCUGGGCUUGGUUUGGCGGUUGAGCGUGUUGGGCGGCAAGUUGCUUCCGUCGUUCUUCUCUAGCUUGCUCCUCAAGCUGGCGAAUCUCAGGCCGGCGUCUCUCCCU